AGGCUGCUCGCGGCCCGGACGCAGAGUCCGCGGACCCGGCUGCGCGGCGGCCACCCCGACGCGGCGCGCACGCUCCGGCCCGCGGUGAGCCCGGCCUGGCCAUGGCGGCCCCCCGCCCGCCUCCCGCGAUCUCCGUGUCGGUGUCGGCUCCGGCCUUUUACGCCCCGCAGAAGAAGUUCGGCCCGGUGGUGGCCCCGAAGCCCAAAGUGAAUCCUUUCCGGCCCGGGGACGGGGAGCCCCCGCCGGCCGCCGGGGCCCAGCGCGCGCAGAUGGGCCGGGUGGGCGAGGUGCCCCCGCCGCCCCCGGAAGACUUUCCCCUGCCUCCCCCUCCUGUCCUUGGGGAUGGCGACGAGUCCGAGGGUGCUCUAGGAGCUGCCUUCCCACCUCCCCCUCCCCCUCUGGAGGAACCGUUCCCCUCUGAGUCUCUGGAGGAGGAGAUCUUCCCUUCCCCGCCACCGCCUCCCCUGGACGAAGAGGGAGGGCCUGAGGCCGCCCUACCUCCCCCCCCACCACAGCCCAGGGAGAAGGUGAGCAGUAUUGAUUUGGAGAUCGACUCUUUGUCCUCACUGCUGGAUGACAUGACCAGGAAUGAUCCCUUCAAAUCCCGAGUGUCAUCUGGAUAUGUGCCCCCACCAGUCACCACUCCGUUCAGUCACAAGUCCAAUACUAAGCCUGCAACGGGGAGCACAGCACCCCUGCCCCCUUGGAAGUCCCCUUCCAGCUCCCAGCCUCUGCCCCAGGCUCAGGCUCAGGCUCAGCCUCCCAGCCAGGGCCAGCUCCCUGUGCAGCCCCGGCCCCAGGCCCAGGCCCAGGCCCAACCCCAGCCUGUGCCUUUGGCUAACACUCAGCCUCGAGGACCCCCAGCCCCAUCCCCAGCCCCUAAGUUUUCUCCAGUGACUCCCAAGUUUACUCCUGUGGCUUCCAAGUUCAGCCCUGGAGCCCCAGGUGGACCCGGCUCACAGCCCAAUCAGAAGUUGGGGUCCCCUGAAGUUCCCUCUUCCAGUAGCACUGGCUCCCCUCAGCCCCCCAGCUUCACCUAUGCUCAGCAGAAGGAGAAGCCCCGGGUGCAGGAGAAGCAGCAUCCAGUGCCACCGCCACCGGCUCAAAACCAAAAUCAGGUACGCUCCCCUGGGGCCCCGGGACCUCUGAGUCUGAAGGAGGUGCAGGAGCUGGAGCAGCUGACCCAGCAGCUAAUGCACGACAUGGAGCACCCUCAGAGGCAGAAUGUGGCUGUCAAUGAGUCCUGUGGCCGGUGUCAUCAGCCCCUGGCACGCACACAGCCCGCGGUUCGAGCCCUGGGACAGCUGUUCCACAUCACCUGCUUCACCUGCCACCAGUGUGGGCAGCAACUGCAAGGACAGCAGUUCUACAGCCUGGAGGGGGCGCCCUACUGUGAGGGCUGCUACACUGACACUCUGGAGAAGUGCAACACGUGUGGGCAGCCCAUCACUGAUCGCAUGCUGAGGGCCACGGGCAAAGCCUACCACCCGCAGUGCUUCACGUGCGUGGUCUGCGCCUGCCCACUGGAGGGCACCUCCUUCAUCGUGGACCAGGCCAACCGGCCCCACUGUGUACCUGACUACCACAAGCAGUAUGCCCCCAGGUGCUCCGUCUGCGAAGGGCCCAUCAUGCCUGAGCCCGGCCGCGAGGAGACCGUGCGAGUGGUCGCUCUGGACAAGAACUUCCACAUGAAGUGCUACAAGUGCGAGGACUGCGGGAAGCCACUGUCCAUCGAGGCAGAUGACAAUGGCUGCUUCCCCCUGGACGGCCACGUGCUCUGCCGGAAGUGCCACACCGCCAGAGCCCAGACCUGAGUGGGGACGGGAGAGUCCACUCCCCACCCGCGGACCACCCACAGAGACCGCCCUGCCCCCCACCUGCCCUGCCCCCCCUUCAGUUAUUUUCUGAUGUCCAGCCUCUCCUUCCACGCCAGCCCCCACCCAGGUAUCCCAGACACCUUGUCCCGGGCCCCAACGUGGCCUAGGACUGCAGAGUCCCAGCUCUGGGUUUCCAGCCCACCUCCAUCCUGCAGGGACCACCCACCGUCCUCCAGGUGUACCCCACCUGAGGGGGCACCAGGUUGAGCGCUGCUGCUUUCACUGCUGCACCGAUGCCCUCAGCUGGCCCCGGAGCAGCCACGUACUCUGCUUGCUGAGGGCCAGGAGACGCCCAGACUCUGGGAGGCUGGGCCAGGCCGGGCCGACCGGCCUGGACGUCCUCCCACCCCCACCCCCCAUGCUGCCAGGUUGUGGCUACAGCUACAAAUCAAUAAAAAAAGACCUGUUUUCCAAAA